GACUUGCUCUGUCCGGAACUUCCGGUUAUCGUCGCCCUUGGCCGUCGGCUUUAGGGAUGCGGUCUCGGCUUCUUUUGAGUGCUGUUCGGGGCCUUUGGGCCCACCGGGCUGUUGGCCCGGCCCGCCGACACAUGAGCUGCGGUAGCCUGCCGCUGGAGGAGCUGUUCGCCCGCAGCGGACCCCUGCGGACCUUCCUCGAGCGCCAGGUAGGGUCUGAAACCCCGUUGCAGGUCAGAGGGCCUGAGCUGGUGGCGGUGGCCAAGCUUCUGAGAGAGAAGGAGCGGGAGCUGCAGGAGACCGAGCACUUGCUGCACGAUGAAAGUGAAGACUUAAGGAAACUUGCAGAGAAUGAAAUAAUUUCGUGUCAAAAAGAAAUAGCUCAAUUGAAACAUCAGAUCGUCUUACUUUUGGUUCCCUCAGAAGAAGCAGAUGAAAAUGACUUGAUCCUGGAGGUAACUGCAGGAGUUGGGGGUCAGGAGGCAAUGCUGUUUACUUCAGAGAUAUUUCAUAUGUAUCAGCAGUAUGCUGCAUUUAAAAGAUGGCAUUUUGAAAUCCUGGAAUAUUUUCCUAGUGAAAUAGGUGGCCUCAGACAUGCAUCUGCCAGCAUUGGGGGUUCAGAAGCCUAUAAGCACAUGAAGUUUGAAGGAGGUGUGCACAGAGUUCAGAGAGUGCCAAAGACGGAGAAGCAAGGCCGCAUCCACACCAGCACCAUGACUGUUGCAAUCCUGCCCCAACCCACUGAGAUUAACCUGGUGAUUAAUCCUAAAGAUUUGAGGAUUGAUACUAAGCGAGCCAGUGGAGCUGGGGGGCAGCACGUAAACACCACAGACAGCGCCGUCCGGAUAGUUCAUCUUCCCACAGGUGUUGUUUCCGAAUGCCAGCAGGAGAGAUCUCAACUGAAAAAUAGAGAGAUGGCUAUGAAAAAGUUACGUGCAAAACUAUACAGCCUGCAUCUAGAAGAAGAAACGAGUAAACGAUACAAUGCUAGAAAGGUUCAGGUUGGUACUAAAGGAAGGUCAGAGAAAAUAAGAACAUAUAAUUUUCCACAGAAUCGGGUCACAGAUCACAGAAUAAACAAGUCACUUUAUGAUCUUGGAAUUUUUAUGCAAGGAGAGUAUCUACUGGAUGAACUUGUACAGUCACUGAAGGACUAUGCUAAUUAUGAAUCUUUACUAGAAAUCAUUUCCCAAAAAGUUUAAGUUGAAUUGUUAUUAAAGACUUGUAUAGCUUGUGAAAGUUCUAUUAUAGUAGUCACAUUGUGUAAAUACCAGUAUUCUCUUGAAAAACAUGAGUUAACAUGGCUGGGAGUAGUGUAUUUUUAAUAUGUAGAUAAUUUAUAUAAAUCUCUCAAUGUAUUAAAAAAUAUAUAAUCAUGACUGUGGUUGUAUAUUUUGGACUCUUCCUUACAAGUAAUAGACAAAGAAAAAUAGUUGGUUUUUAUGUAAUGUAUUUAAUGAAUGGUCAAAAUUGUGGUUUAACUUCUAAGGAAAACUUCAAGCAUAAAAUAGUAGAAAUGUAACAGUAAUUUCUGUACUAAAUAAGGUCCAGUCAGGACCCUGUUAAUUUGAAUUUUGAUAUAAAGAAUUUUUAACUGAAGAUAGGAUUAGCUAUUAGGGGAUAAAAGACUACUACUCUCAGACUAAGAGAGUGUACCCUUGGAAAGGACUUCUUUUCCCACAAAGUGGCGAGUCUUGUCUAUUGGAGAGAGUUCGGCUUUGGCCCCCUCGACAGCAAAGUUCCCUGGGUUGCUCUAAGCCAGACUGGAUCUGCACGUGGUGGAUGAGAUCUCAGAACACAGGGAAUGGUAAGCAGUAGGUCUCCUACUAGGCUGUUGGCAGAACUCACCGGAGCAUCAGCUUGUGUCAGCAUCACUCAGGGUUUGCCAGAGAAACAGAACCUGUGGGAUGGUAGGAUUAUCUGUGUGUAAAGAAGGAGAUGUAUGGUGAGGAUCUGGGUCACACAGUCAUGGAGGCUGGCAAGUCUGAAAUCUGCCAUGUGGGGACCAGCAGGCUGGAGACCCAGGAAAGCUGGUGCUGCAGUUCCCUCCAAGAGCUGUCUGCUGGAGAAUCCUGCCUCUCAUGCUCAGAGAAAGCCAGUUUUUCAUUCUUUUCAGGCCUUGCUGAUUGGAUGGUGCCAUUCCACAUUAUGGGGGGGCAUUCUGCUGUACUCAAAGUUCCCUAAUAAAAAUACAAUCUCA